CUUAAUUCUCCCGGCUCUAGCCCGCAUACUGGGACUUUUCGGACUAAUAGAGAGCGACAUACCCAUAACCCGGUAUAUCCGCAGGGAACUGGGGCUAGUUCCCUCCCAUUGAAUUGGUGGAGUAUUUCCCCAUCCUUCCCCCAGCAGCUCCAAUACCCUCUCGUAUCCCCUCACUAUACACUAACAAACAUCUGCAAGGCACGCUCUUGCGCCGCAUUGAGAGGUCAUAGUCCUGAUAACAUCAAUGGCUCUCUUAUAGCUCUGGCUCUUACGGUCCUAGAGCUAGGGAAACAUAUCACCUAAGAAAGCAUGUUUCCUGUUAAGGGUAGCUUGGACUACCUAGAAAGGUACCAGAGCCGAGGAACAAAGAGCUUUCUUGGAUGGACCUACUCUUAUGAUGUCCGGUGGUAGCCUCGCAUUUUGCUAGUUCGGUUGCUACCCUAACACGUUUGUGCAAUUGGACCUACUAGUCACGUCUGUCCAAGUUAUAUCCUUCUAAAGUCAUUAAGAUGAAGGUAUCGACAGCUCUGUGGUUGCUCAGCGCGAGCCUGACCUGUGCUUCGUGGAUUCCUACGUCGCAGCCGCUUGGAAGAGAUCCUGAGCUGCGGCGGAAGAGAAGCAUAAGUCGUCGCCAGGAGAAUGCUACGACCAGCGGGUGGCCAUAUGGCCCGCUUAGGACGAAAGGCAGACAUGUGGUUAAUACCCUUGAUGAGGUGAUCACCUGGGCCGGUGUGAAUUGGCCUUUGAGCGGCGAGACUAUGGUUCCGGAAGGUCUGGAAUGGAAGUCGGCUGAUGAUAUCUUGGACGAUGUCGCUAGCGUUGGCUUCAACUUCAUCCGCAUGGGCUACGCUAUCGAAAUGAUUGACCAAAUCUACGACCGAGGCGGCGAGGACGUGUCCCUCGAAGCAGCUAUGAUAAUGGCUCUCGGGUACGAGAACGGCACCAAGGUAACCGACCAGAUCCUCGAGAAGAACCCAUCCUGGAUGCGCACGACGACCCGCUUCGAGAUCUGGUCGGACGUCGCGCGGAUCGCCGCCUCGAAGGGCAUUUUUAUCCACCCGGACGUGCACGUGGGCAAGGCGCAGUGGUGCUGCAGCCACACGGACGGCAACGCCUGGUUCGACGACGUGACCUUCAACACGUCGAACUGGCUGCGCGGGCUCUCGCACGUGGCGAAGUGGGCCAAGGGCCACAACAACGUCGUCUCCAUGUCGCUCCGCAACGAGCUGCGCGAGAGCUGGAACCGGACCGACCUGUACUACAACUGGCAGACGCUCGUCGGCAACAUGAGCGCCGGCGCCGACGCCAUCUACGGCGCGAACCCGGACCUGCUGAUCACCUGGUCCGGCAUGCAGUACGACCAGGACCUGUCGGCGCUGACGACGCGCAAGAACCUGCUGACGGCCCCCUGCUACAAGUGCACGGCGAUCCGCGACGCGGCGCGCCGGGCCCCCGUGUAUUUUGAUUUGGACGCGCAGCCCUGGGCCGACAAGAUCGUCUGGGAGCUGCACCUGUACCCGUCGAGCGAGGACCUCGACACGGGAAACUGCGCGGUCAUCGAGGCCGGGCUGUACCGCAACGGCGUCAACGCGCUGGGCGUCGACGCGCCGCCCGGGUGCCGGAUCACGGGGGACUGUCCGCCGGCGGCGCGGCUGACGCCCGUCAUCUUCUCGGAGUUCGGAAACGCGCAGGACGAAUCGCUGUAUAGCGCCACGGUGCCGAACUGCAUCCGCGAUUUCACCGAGAAGCACGGCGUUAGCUGGAUGAUGUGGAGCCUGGCGGGGAGUUAUAGGAUCCGGAGCGGCGUUCAGGGGCUUGCGGAUACGUGGGGCUUGACGAAUGCCGAUUGGAGUGGCUGGAGGGAUCCUGAUACCCUCUACGGGUUUUGGAUGGCGUGGGUGAAGAAUAUGAAGUUGGAUGGUUAAGGGGGGCGUAGUUGGGAUUAGGAAAGGGGUCGGGGGGAACGGAGGGUAUAGUGGAUUUUGAUAUAAUAGUAAUGUAUGAUGUUAUUAUGAUUAGGUACUAUUUGGAAGCUUAAGAUAUAAUGCCUCUGUUGCUUAAUUGGGUAUUUGGUAGCUAGAAGUGCUAAUCGUAGACUGCGUGGAGAAAUUUGGGAAGAUUUGGUGUGGCUUUCCUACUAUAAGCUAUUCUGUAGUUUACCCCUGAAAUGCUACAACUCUUAACGG